AUGGACCAGCUAUGCAGCGAGUUGCUGGCACCUGCCAACGCUACGGCCGACAGCAAGGACCCCACCAAGCUGCGCUAUGGCUGCGGCGCGGCAACCGCUGCACAGAUCAACCGAGUGUCCAGUGACCUGGCAGCCCUUGAGCCCAAGGUCACCGCCGCCGCCGCCCAGGCCAGCUCUUUGCAGGCCACCUUCGUCCAAGGAAGCAACCAGACAGCCGCGCUGCGCGCUCAGGUGGAUGAGCUCAAAGCAACUAUUGCGGCACUCACCGCCGCCGUACAAAAGCUGCAAGCAAACGCGGCCAACGCCACGGUCCCGGGCACCAUCACUCAGCAGCUCGCAGCCCUCACAGCGGCCGACAUGCGCACCGCCCAGCAGCUGGCCCUGCUGGAGGCGGCAAACCAGACUGUGGCCCGCGACAUUACGGCGCUUAAGUCUGCGCCGCAGCAGUGCUUCUGCGGCCUGGAGCUCUCAGCCGUCAACACCACCCUGGCCGCCAUCAUAGCAGCCCAGGCGGCGGAUGCCACGUCAGUGUCCCUGGCCAACGCCACAGUGGCGUCCCUGAAGGCGACAGUCACUGCAAGCGCGGCAGACAUCGCUUCGGUCAACACAACCCUCACCGCCCUGGCAGCCAAUGUGGCCAAUGUGUCUGCCAUCGACUUCAGUGUCUACGCAAAAACCGCUGACUUGGCCAACAUCAACGCAGCCUGA